AACAUUCAGCGGGGUAUACGAGAGCUCGAGUGCUUACCAUGGGCGACUCUCGCGACGUGGCGACUACGUUUUUUAAUGUUUAGACUACAGUUUAUGCUUUGACUUUUUCAGACAUUUUCAUUGACUAUUAAAACUUGGAUUUCAUUAAAAUUUGAUAUUAUUUAAGAAAAGAGCACAAGACCAUCAGAGUGACAAGAGAGGAUAAAAGCCCGCAGCUUCAAUUCGAUGAUCACGCCCUCUCCGUUGAAGUGCACUAGAGGGUAAACAUGGAUGGGAGUGCAGGAUCAAGCAAGAAGAGUAAAAAGAGCAAGGAGUCCAAAUCACUUGGGGAUAUUCAGCAUGAAGCAGAUUUCCUGAUCAAACCGGAAUCGGCCGUAGCCAAACUCGAGACGGCCCACUGGCCCUUGCUUCUAAAGAACUAUGAUAAAUUAAACAUCAGAACGGGGCAUUAUACACCAUUACCCAAUGGUUGCUCACCCCUCAAAAGGGAAAUCAAGGAUUAUGUCUCGAGUGGUUUUAUCAACCUUGACAAGCCCGCCAAUCCUUCAUCUCAUGAGGUCGUGUCGUGGAUCAAGAAGAUUCUCCGUGUCGAGAAGACGGGUCACAGUGGGACCCUUGACCCCAAGGUCACCGGUUGCCUCAUUGUCUGUAUAGAACGAGCCACACGAUUGGUCAAAUCACAGCAGAGUGCAGGCAAGGAAUAUGUCUGCAUUGUCAGGUUACAUGAAGCUAUUGAAAACCAGUCAAAACUAGCCAAGGCUAUUGAGACACUGACAGGAGCACUGUUCCAGAGACCGCCUUUAAUAUCGGCCGUCAAACGACAACUUAGAGUGAGAACGAUAUACGAGAGCAAACUCCUUGAAUACGACCCACAAAGACAUUUAGGUAUUUUCUGGGUGAGCUGUGAAGCUGGAACUUACAUCAGGACACUAUGCGUUCAUCUUGGACUCCUGUUAGGGGUCGGAGGUCAAAUGGCAGAACUCAGGAGAGUGCGAUCCGGUAUUCAGUCAGAAAAGGAAGGGUUGGUGACGAUGCACGAUGUCAUGGAUGCCCAGUGGGUUCACGACAACCAUAAAGAUGAAGGUUACCUCAGGAGAGUCAUCAAGCCGAUGGAAGCCUUGCUUACGGGUCACAAGAGAAUAGUACUCAAAGACAGCUCAGUGAAUUCUGUCUGCUACGGUGCCAAGGUCAUGCUUCCCGGCGUCCUCCGCUUCGAGGACGGCAUCGAGAUCAACUCGGAGGUGGUGCUGAUGACCACCAAGGGAGAGGCCAUUGCUCUUGGCAUCGCAUUGAUGACCACAGCGACCAUGGCAACAGUUGACCAUGGCCUGGUGGUCAAGCUGAAGAGGGUCAUCAUGGAGAGGGACGUGUACCCCAGAAAGUGGGGCCUCGGGCCAAAGGCGAGCAUGAAGAAGAUGAUGAUCAAGCAAGGGAAGCUGGACAAGCAUGGCAAACCAAACGCAGACACUCCCAAGGAUUGGGUCAAAGGCUAUAAAGAUUACAGUGCGAAGAAAGAGUCGGCGGUGGAGGAAGAGAAGCCUGCAGUGGAGACGCCCGUUAAGAAGCGCAGGAGAGAAUCGAGUACCUCGAGCACCGAGGCUCCUCCAGUCACUCCCAGUGGGGAUGCGUCCGCUGUCAAAGAGAAGAAGAAGAAAAAGAAGGACAAGAAAGUGAAGGAAGAAGUAGUAGAAGAGGAAGAGGAGACGAUGGAAACAUCAGUCGCAGAGACGCCUAAAUCAGAGAAAAAGAAGAAGAAAAAGAAGUCUGAACCAGAGGCAGAGGAGGAGGAGAUGGUGGAAGAAACAGCAGCUGAGACACCAAAAUCAGAGAAGAAGAAAAAGAAAAAGAUCAAACUUGAACAGGCAGAAGAGGAGGAAUCACAGGAAACAGUAGUUGAGACCCCAUCAUCGGAAAAGAAGAAGAAGAAAAAGAAAAAGAAGGAGAAGGCAGAGGAUGACAGCUGAGAAAACAUUCUUUUAUUUUUCUACAAACUGUGCCAGAGAGGCAGGUCACCCACUACCUUGCAUUUGGAAGAUUCAGGGAGGUAUUGCUUCAGGGGAGCGUUCCAUUUAAGGACUUGAUAGGCGUUUUAUCCAACGAAGUAUGUUUUAUCUGACAGGUAUUAUAGCAGUGAUGCGACUCGGCCAACCAAAACGGAGACAAGCUGUCAGAUCUUAACAGCUUGUUUGAUGACAAAUGUUGGUGAAAUGCUCACCAAAUUGUGAAAGGACCUGCUUUCACUGUCCUCUGAUCUCUGUAAAACAGAUGUUUGCAAUUGAUCACAAAAUAACAAUGAUUAAUUGAGAUCCUUCAAUGUACCCUCAUUCAUAAACCAGAAUCACCAUUCACAUUAUUUUGGGCUCGGCCAGUCAUAUUGUCCUACCACUGACAUCCCUUGGCCGCCUCUGUGCAUUCUUGAGCCAUGUGAUGUGAUGUGUGACUUUACCAUGUGAUGUGGUGGGGGAAAUCCUGAUGGUGAUCAUUAUGGUGAAUGUACAGUUCAUUACAUGAUUGCUACUGGGGGUGUUUCACAAAGAUUUAAGCGUGAAGUAGAGUCCGAGUUAAAUUUUAGUUGCAUGCGGUAUAGAAGGCAUCGACGCAUUGGUCAAAUCGUGCUAAGAGGAUGCGCGGUAUUGCGAUUAUUAAAGGGGCCAUCCCACAGAGAGCAAGACCGCUGAAAGACCUUUCAAAGACCAUGAAUUUUGGUCGAUCUUACAGAGGUCUCUCAAUGAACCUACAAUGGUCUUUGAGGUCUUACACGAGUCCUGACCAAUCUUUCAGCGGUCUUCGUGGUCUUUAUGGGCUCCAAAACUUUUUGAAACGGUUCAAAACAGUCUUACAACGGUCUUACAAGAAAAUGGUCUUUCAGCGGUCUUUCAGCAGUCUUUCGAUGAACUUUCAAAGGUCUUAAUAGUCUUUCAAUGAUCUUUCGGCAGUCUUUCAAGAUUUUUGCGGAGAUCACUGUAAGACUCCUGAGAGAUCAUUGAAAGAUCAUUGAAAGACCAUUGAAAGACCAGGCAAAGUCCAUGGAAAGAAUUCUGAAAGAUCACUUGUUGCAUAAAAGAUCUCUGAAAGACCAUUGAAAGAUCUCUGUAAGACUACUCUAAGACCAGUAAGACAAGAAAUAUCCAUCAGUCUUUCAGAGUUCUUUGAGGGGUCUCUCUUGCGUGUCGCAUAUCAUGAGCACGUCUGCAUUUAACCAUGACUCUAAGUCACACUUAAACUCUUUGUGAAACACCCCAUUGGGCCCGGUUGCAUAAAAAUUACCAUUAUGGUAACAUUGCUCUCCAAUGGUAUCUACCAUGGUAGCGAUGCUCGACAGCCAAUCAAAAUCAAGGAUUCCAUGAAAGGAUACCAUUGGCUGGCAAAGUUACCAUAACGGUAACUUUUAUGCAAUGAGCCCCUGGUCAUAAAGCUCGAGUCCACUUUGGGUGAUUGGUAGAACUUGUUACUGAGUGACUUUAUCCUUGUUUCAAAAUCCUCAUGAAAAGAGGUUAAACUGUUCAGAUGAAUGUAAAUCUAUUUUUCAAUUUAUUUUCAACCGUAGAAAUGCCUUUUUGUGUACAAAAAAGGGUUUAUUCUCUAGCUUAUUUUCUUACAUUAUGUAGCAUCCGUAGUACACAACCAAAGUUUUUCAGGAUAUUGGCCCACUUUCUUUGUUGCAUCAUGUAUUUAAAAUCUAUUUUAAUUGUAUAGCGUGGUAUAACGUGCGAAAGGAGAUUGGGACACUUGAAAUCUAUUGUUCAUGUGCCAAAGAGUAUUCACAGUGGCUAUUCCUGUCCUUGUUCAUUCCAAAAUUAUUCAAGGUGGAGUCUCGAGGCAUUUCUUUCCUUUUUGAAAUUUUUUUUUUUGAAAGGGUUUGUUUACUAUUCGUCUAACGCCAGUUAAUACAAUUGCCAACUCGUCUACUGUCAUUUGGUGAACCAUCAGUUCGUCUACGAUCCACAUGGUUUAUUUGCAUUUCGUCCACUCACCAUAUCGUCUAAUAACGAGUUGGUCCAAUAGCCAUUUAGUCCAUAUACCAUUUGGUCUAAUUGGACCAAGUGUUAACCCUAUCUAGGCCGGGGUAUUUUGGGAGUUCAUAUGGCCGGGGGGGGGGGGGGGCCUCCCAGGCCCCCCUUAAGAUCUCGGCCGUCGACCAUGCGAUCGCGCCGAAAAUUGGCACCCAGGUAGUCUGGGAUAUAAUCUACAAAAUUGUAUAGUAAUUUAUUUCAUGCGAAUUGUUAUUAAGUAAUUAUGCUAAUUUAUGCGUAAUUAGUAUGUGAAAUCAUACUUUUUCCUCUAACUCCCUAAAUAAAGCUCCAAAUGUUCUAAUUUUUGGCAUAGAAACUCUUUGUGGUGUUCUCAGCAAGGUUAUAUGAAAAAAAUUGUGACAUCAGAUCAAUUUUUGCAAUUUCUUAUGUCUUUCUUUGUUUUUUCAAUGAAAUUCGUCCACUCACCACAUGAUAUACUUUCAUUUAGUCUAAUGCCAUUCCAUCUAAUAACCAGUUGGUCCAAUAGCCAUUUAGUCCAUACCAUUUGGUCUAAUUGGACCAAGUGUUAAUUAUGGAAAAUGAAUGAAAAUGAUAUGGGUAUUAGACCAACUUGCUAUGAGAGGAAAUGGUGAUUAGACGGAGUGAUGAUCGGACCAAAUGGUUAUUGGACCAAAUGCUUGUUAUGUUAGACGAAGUGAUGAUUGGAUCAAAUGGUUGUUAGACGAAAUGUUCAUGGACGGAAUGGCAUUAGACUAAAUGAAAGUAGACCAUGUGGUGAGUGGUUAAGUUGGCAGUAGACUAAUUGGCAAUUUACCUUUGAAUGUACAAAGUGAUAUCUCACUAUGAAAGACUGAAAGAUUGAGAGAAGUUCAAAGGAAAUAUGAUUUGAGGAGACACCAAAGUAUUCAAAAGUUUUUGGUGUAUUCUUGAUAAGUUCUCUACCUCUCCUUUGUUUCAUAAAACUGUACAUAAAGUUAUGCAUAACUUUACAAAUUACUGCAACAUGGCAGUCAGAUUGAUUUCUGGGGUCGUCUUUUAUUUCAUCUAAAGUUGGAAUAUGCAGAUGCUAAUCAAGAGUCCUCUAUUACACAUUUUGGGGAAAAUUACAAUCUUUGCACAAUAAAAUUUUAUUUACUAUGUCACAGUUUCGGGAAUAGAUUCUGUUACUCAGUUUAGCAUUUCCUAUUCAAGUCUUUCGUAAAGUUGUGCGUACCUUCAUGGCCUGCUUCUUGAAAUGGGCCUGUGGAUAUAUGUAGAAGGUGGAUACGAGUAUUUUGUUUCAGAAUAAAAAAGGGUACACUUUUUCUGCCUCUUGAUAAUUUGGCAGUUCAGUUACGCAGCUCUAUAGAUUUAGUACUUUUAUUUGAAGAGGAUGAAUAAAAAAGAUGAAUUCAAGUGAGUAUGAUUCGAUGAUGGCCAAAAAAUGUACUUUUUGAAAAAUACCUGUAUAUAGUCUAAAGCAAGUUUUUGAAUAAAAUGUAAAACAAUUUGAAA